AUUGUCCGUAUUACUAAUAAGGUUCGUAGUGAAGUUUUUAUUGAAUAUUUAGUUAUUAAGCGUAUUAAUUUUAAUAUUAUAGCUUUUUUCCUUACUCGUUAUACUUUACUCCGCAAGUGUAUUAAGGAUGCUAAGUUUAUAAUCGACGGUAAUUUCGAGGUUACUUUCCUUUAUAAUACUGUAAAGACUGCUUAUCCUAUUGAUGCUAGAUAUUGGGUAGCCGUUUUAGAAGCUAAUAAAUUGGAUAUCGGUUUUUUUUUAGCUAAGUUUAGUAAUAUUAGUAAUAUAGAGUUCUAUAUUAAUAUUAACGUUAAUAUCUAG